UCCGAAAACAAGUUGCUUUUGAAUUUUCAAUAGAUUCGAAACUCAACAUUUAAAAGGCAGAAUUGAAUAUAUAAAAAAAAAGCUAAAAACAUGGACAAGCCACAGAUGAUUGAACAUUUACACGAAUCCGUGGCCUACACGGUAUACGACACCAAAUGGAUACCCCUGUCGGCCAAAUUCGUGGUGCUUGGCUCCAAGCCCAAUAGCCACGGCAUAUUGGACAUUUACGAGCUGAACGAAGAUAAGCUCAAGAAGGUCAAGUCAGUUGAGAAGAAGGCUGCUUUCAAGUGUGGCACCUUUGGCGCCUCCUCGCUGCGCAACCGGCACAUGGCCAUUGGCGACUUUGAGGGGCGCCUGCAAGUGCUGGAUCUGGAGCGUCCCGAGAUGGCUGUAUAUAAUGUAAAAGGCCACACGGGCAUAAUAAACUGCAUCGAUGCGAUUGGCGGCACACAGCUGGAGUGUGGAGCACCGGAAAUCGUGACUGGCGGUCGGGAUGGAGCUGUCAAGGUGUGGGACAUACGCCAGGGCCAGGAGCCCGUGGUGGACAUAUCGCCGCCAGCGCAGAUGGGUGACGGCGUCAACAGAAGCAAUCUACGGCGCGACUGCUGGGCGCUUGCCUUUGGCAACACCUUCAACGCUGAGGAGCGCCUCAUUGCGGCUGGCUACGACAACGGGGACCUGAAGCUAUUCGAUUUGCGGGCCAUGGGCGUGCGCUGGGAGGCGACCAUUAGGAACGGCAUCUGCGGCCUGGAGUUCGAUCGCCGUGACAUACCCAUGAACAAGCUGGCCGUGACCACAUUGGAGGGCGGCCUUCUGGUCUACGACAUGCGCACCCAGCACCCCACCAAGGGAUUCAGUUACGUGGAGGAGCGCAAUGCUGGUCGCAGCGUGGGCUCCAAUGGCGUCAUCACUGGUCCCAAGGCCACAGUCUGGACCGUGCGCCACGUACCGCAGAACCGCGACGUCUUCCUGACGGGCAGCGGCACCGGCUCCAUACGCCUCUGGAAGUACGAGUACCCGGAUCGACGCGUUUUCCAGGAUGCCGAUGGCAACAAGGAAGGCGUCGCCGGCAAACUGCAUAUGAUCAGCGCUGUAACCUUGAGCUCCCAGCCCGUGCACAGCUUCGACUGGCAUCCGGACAAGCUGGGCUUGGCUGUUGCCGGCGCCUUCGAUCAAAGCGUGCGCGUCCUCAUCACCACGAAGCUGAAUACGCUUUAGAAUAUAGAAAAUGGAAUA